UCGAUAAGGAGGUCACGAGAGGUCAUCCCAUGACGUCAUCCUCCCAGCAUUCUUUGGAAACAUGGCGACUGUGUGUUGAAGAUGAUGAUGUGAUACAGUACUUUGAGGAUGAUUUGACCAAUUAUUCUGCUCCGGAACGAUUUAAAAACAAACUUGACAGCUGUCAGAGUUAUUCCAGAAAGGAGAUAAAAAUGGCUGCAGACGAAACAAUCAAAGUUGUUUGCCGAGUACGACCCUUGAAUUCAGCGGAGGAGAAGGCUGGGAGCAAAUUCGUCUUGAAAUUCCCAACAGACGACUCCAUUGCAGUAUCAAACAAAGUGUUCGUGUUUGACAAGAUCCUCAAGCCUAAUGUCACCCAGGAGCAUGUAUACAAUGUUGCAGCUAAACCCAUUGUUGCAGAUGUACUCAGUGGCUACAAUGGAACCAUCUUUGCCUAUGGACAGACAUCCAGUGGCAAGACACACACCAUGGAGGGUGUCUUGGGGCAUUCUCAGAUGCAAGGUAUCAUUCCUCGCAUCAUCGCCGACAUCUUCAACUACAUCUACGGCAUGGAUGAGAACCUUGAGUUCCAUAUCAAGGUGUCAUAUUUUGAAAUUUAUAUGGAUAAAAUCAGGGAUUUACUUGACAUAACCAAGACCAACCUAUCUGUCCAUGAAGAUAAGAAUAAAACUCCAUAUGUAAAGGGCUGCACAGAGCGGUUUGUGUCCAGUCCGGAGGAGGUGAUGGAAGUUAUAGAUGAUGGAAAAUCCAAUAGACAUGUUGCUGUAACUAAUAUGAAUGAGCAUAGCUCAAGAAGCCACAGUGUGUUCCUGAUUCAUGUAAAACAAGAAAAUGUAGAGACAGAGAAGAAACUACAUGGAAAACUGUAUCUAGUCGACUUGGCUGGCAGUGAAAAAGUUAGCAAGACUGGUGCUGAGGGAGCAGUGCUGGAUGAAGCGAAGAAUAUAAACAAGUCCCUGUCGGCUCUAGGAAAUGUUAUCUCCGCGCUAGCUGAUGGAGUGAAAUCUCAUGUACCGUACCGAGACAGUAAGCUGACCCGAAUCCUGCAGGAGAGUUUGGGCGGCAACGCCAGAACCACCAUGAUCAUCUGUUGUUCCCCUGCGUCAUACAAUGAGUCUGAGACCAAAUCCACUCUGCUCUUCGGUCAAAGGGCCAAGACAAUCAAGAAUGUGGUAACAGUGAAUGAGGAGCUGACAGCUGAUGAGUGGAAGAGGCGCUACGAGAAGGAGAAAGAAAAGAAUGCAAAACUGAAGGGAAUUAUUGAGAAGCUGCAGGCUGAACUCAACAUGUGGAGGAGUGGUAAGGAGGUUCCCGCAGAUGAGCAAAUGGACAUGAAAACGGCUGACACCUCUGUGUUGGAGGAAGCACCUCCACCUCCACCUCCUUCACUGGCCUCCAUGAAUGAUGCAGACAAGCUGCAAUGGGAGGAAGCCAAGCUGAUUAUGUACAAGCAGAUGGACGAUAAGGAUGAGGAGAUCAACAACCAGUCGCAGCUCAUCGAGAAACUGAAGGAGCAGAUGCUGGAACAGGAGGACUUGAUCACUGCUUCCCGUUCCGACUAUGAGAAGCUGCAGCAGGAGAUGGCUCGUAUCCAGGGAGACAAUGAGUCGGCCAAGGAUGAGGUGAAGGAGGUGCUGCAGGCUCUGGAGGAGCUGGCCAUGAACUAUGACCAGAAGUCUCAGGAGGUGGACAACAAGAACAGCGACAUUGAGGGACUCACCGAGGAACUCAACCAGACAAUGAGCUCCUUGAACUCAGUCCAGUCUGAGCUGGAGACUCUUAAGGACUCGAGUCUCCACCAGAAGAAGAGAGUCACCGAGAUGAUGCUGUCACUCCUCAAGGACCUGGGAGACAUCGGCUCCGUCAUUGGAGGCAGUGCUGCUGAGUCAAAGCCGGCCGUUGGUGGCAGUGAGAAGAUCGAGGAAGAGUUCACUGUUGCUCGUCUCUACAUCAGCAAGAUGAAGUCAGAGGUGAAGACGUUGGUGAACAGAUCUCAGAACUUGGAGUCUCAGCAGGGCGACACUUCCAAGAAACUUGAUGAAGCAGAGAAGGACUUGUCUGAGUGUAAACUCAAGAUUCAGCAGAAUGAGGCCAAGAUGUCCACUCUCACAGAGACCAUCCAGGACAUCGAGUCCAAGAAACGAGAGUUGCAGGACAAUGUUGACUCUCUCAGUGAGGAGGUGGCCAAGCUGAAAGCACAGGAACAAAUGCACAAGACGUCCCUGUCUCAGGUGGAGAAGGAGACAACCGACAAGCUGCAGUCGGAGGUGAAGAUGAAGGAGGCUCUGGAGAGUCAGAUGGAGGCUCACCGGGAGCAGCAUCAGAAGCAGCUCAACUCCCUCCGGGACGAGAUCACAAACAAACAGGGGGUCAUCGACAACCUCAAGGAGACCAACCAGAAACUGACCUUGGCCUUGGAGAAACUGCAGGCCGACUACGACAAGCUCAAGUCCGAGGAGGCUGAGAAGACCAGUAGGCUGUCUGAGAUCUCAUUACAGAUGGACCGCCGCGAACAAGCCAAGCAGGAUCUCAAGGGGCUUGAGGAGACUGUGGCCAAGGAGCUCCAGACUCUGCACAACCUGCGCAAGCUGUUUGUCCAGGACCUCCAGAACAGAGUCAAGAAGCUAAGUUCACAAGGAUCAGGGUCUGCCAACAAGAAGGAGGAGGAAGAAGAGGAGGACACAAGCGGCAGCGCUGCCCAGAAGCAGAAGAUCUCCUUCCUGGAGAACAACCUGGAACAACUCACUAAAGUCCACAAACAGUUGGUGCGUGACAAUGCAGAUCUCCGAUGUGAGCUUCCCAAGUUGGAGAAGAGACUGAGAGCAACCAUGGAGAGAGUUAAGUCCCUUGAAACAGCUCUCAAGGAAGCAAAGGAAGGAGCGAUGAGAGACAGGAAGAGCAGUGAAUAUUCUGUUUAUGACUCCCGAUAUCAGAUGGAGGUGGACCGCAUCAAGGAGGCAGUGAGGCAGAGGAACCUCGCGAGACGUGGACAUGCAGCACAAAUCGCCAAGCCCAUCCGCCCCGGCCAACACCAGGGUGGUUCCCCAGCCGGCCCUGUGGGAAUCAGGGGAGGUGGCAUGCCUCACAACGGUCCCACACCCAUCAAAGCAGACGCAUCAGCGUAAAGUGUGACUGUACUGGGAGCAGGAGACAUGAGUAGUGUGAGUCAGGCCAUUCAGGAGGUAGACCCCACACACCAACAUGGGACUGUUUUCCUCUCACUAGCAUUCCGCUGCUUGUAGGGUGUCGCCACCUUAUAGCACCACAUCAUGCAUUGUGUUGGACAGUGUCCGCAAACAGGCAUCGCAAGGUGUUCAGUGGAUUGAUAUAUCACUGUUUCUGCAUACUUUAUACUGGAGUUGGGCAUUUCGCGGAAUGGAUGAACACCUAGUGCUGGAAACUUUCAGGAAUUUGCUGUAGGCUGGUCUUACUGCUCCAGACUCAGAGCUUAGUGCAAUGGCUGAAACAAAGCUUCGAGAAGAAGCUUCUUCAGUGUUGGAAUUGCCAGUUUAAUCUUGCUGACCAAGAACGUUCUCCAGCAAUAGCUGACAAUUGUAAAAGGAUUCCCUCUAGAAAAAGUCAACUGAUGAUAAGCUUUUGAGGAUGGGAAAGUGGAUACCAUAUCAGACUCUAUUCCCUUUCAAGACUCUUCAAGGCUGAAGUGUUUCAUUCUGGAUUUGAUUGUAACCAGGAGGCAAUUCUUUGAUGGACAGUGUUCUUGAUUGGCUGUAUUAAUCUUUGUGUAUGUAGAGCUGGUGAAUAGGCAAUGAGAUGACUGCAGUGUAUAUUAUUGGAAUGUAUAUGUUCUGCAAAUAUGCUCUUGAUCAUGGUCCUUGUUAUCAAUAUAACCAUGCUUUGCCAAUAUACCAAUCAGGCAGGACUGUUCGUUGAAUGAGUUACCAGAAAUGGUUUGGAUCAGUUGCUGCUGACCUCACGGUGAAUGACCUUGUCCUCAGUUCAUUAAGUCAACUUGACCUUUGUUCUAAAGGUCAUUAACACACACUUGGAAGAGUAACCUUGACCUUACUUUAAAGGUCAUUGAUGCAAAGAUUCAGCUAUGUAUAAAUGAAUGGUGACGGGCAUAUUAUUAAAUUAUCUAAAACAAAUUGUUUUAAAUAUGUCAUCCAAUGAAUUAUGAAUAUAAUCCUUGAGAACAUUUAUUCUUGAAGUCACUCGUGAUAUGGUCAGCAUUUCGUAGAGGGCAUCCUUUUACUGAUAUACAACAAUUCAGUGACAAGAAUUGUUGCAAGUAAGAAGACCAGUAUUGACCUGUAACACUGGCAUGACCUGAACUGAAACAGCGGCUGUCUGAGCACUGAUGUCCAGUUGCCCAGCUCUACAGGUGAUGCGAUCUAUGUUGAUGGUAUAGAGACUGAUACCGGAUACAUGGCUCUUUGACAAGAUAUGUGAAUGGUGCAUUGCUGUUCCAAAUGUGGUUGCUGGUAGCGACACCCACAGUUUAGUAGGCGUCAUUGUGUACAUUGUUCAUCCUGCGCUAUGUGUCUAUAAUGCUGACUGGGUAUUUUCAUGUUGUUUUACAAACGCAAGUUACUUUGUCAUCAAUACAAACAGUCGUGAUGUCAAUGACAUUAGGUUCAGAUAGAACCAAGCAACUCGACCUUAGACAGAUUCGGAUAGAACAAACUACUAUUGGAUGAAACCAAAAUUGGUAAACAUUCUAUGUUUAAAUUUUGUGGAGUAUUAAACAAAUUGGAACACUUCCAUAAUGUUUUCUCAAGGUGGUAAAAUUAUAUACUGAAGGAAAAAAGUUACGGAUCAUGAAUGUCUUUUGGAUAUUAUUUUGUCUUGACAUCUAAGUACACAAUUUCAAAUAUUUGUCCCAAAUUAUUCUUGAUCCAUAACUUUCAUUGUUCAGUAUUCUUGCAAAUAUUGACUAGAUUUUUAAUCCGUAAUGCAAAUUUAAAUUUGACUAUGAUAUUUAAUAAGUGUUUGUGCUUUUACACCAUGUACACGGAAGACUGUUUUACAGCGUUAUCUCUUACUCGUUUAUUUAAUGUGAACAGGCUGGUUGUAUUGACUGCUGAGUUGUUGACAAGUUGUUUUAUUUAUUUCAGUUGUGUAUAAUUAAGAAUUUAAGCAGCAAAAUAUGACAAGUGCAACCACAGGCUUUAAUGAAUGAGAAAUAUCAGAACUGAAUCUGGAAAUGGAAGUCAAGUUAUUGCUGUUUUACUGAGACCUGCUGUAGAAGGGGGGUGAAUCUCUUCAUUUUCGAAUACAGCGGGACCCGUGUUAAUUCUUUCAGGAAGGAUUUGCCAAAGAAGUUGUUGAACCCCCAGUAUUGUAAUACUGAAUACGUGGAGACACUCUUUUCGAUGAAUUGGAAAGGAUUAACUUUUGGGUGUAUCAGGGACAGCAUAAUCAAAUGUCAAUGAGUCUGAUUUUGAUGACAAAUUUUGUCAAUUUCUGUUCAAAUUGGUUAAAUUUCAUGUGGAAAUUUGACACAAAUUGUUCAAAAUCUGAAUUUUUUAAACACUCAUGUUAUGAUUGAAACCUAUCGUCUGAUUUUGAGUAAGUGUAAUACAUGUCUUUUAAAAUGAUUCUAUAUCACAUGAAGACUUUGACACAGCUGUUCAGUGUCUGAACUGUAAACAAGUGUUCUGAUUGAAAUUGAUCAUUCUAUAUUCUGAUGGAAAAGUUUGUGAUAUUGUGAUGUGUUGUGUGGACUGAAAAAUAAACACAUAACCAGCUGUGAAACAAAUUCUGAAUGAAGAGCUUUUGAAGACAAAACCACUCGUUGUUGAUUGUGCUUUCCGCAGUAUCUACCAUGUCACUGUGCGUGUUGUUGAAGACAUCAUGAUUUUGUCAAUGUUGAAUUCUACAGAUCUUUGCCUGUUGAUGGCCCGAGAACUUGGAGGGCAUACUUUGUAAUGUAAGGUGGUAUGGAUGAGUAUUGAACUAUUUAUGUGUAUGUUUGAAAUACAGUAUGCAUUCUCUCCCAGUUAGUGAUGGGGGAAUUUGCUUGAAUUGUUUUAAUUUCAUGAUUCGAUCGCGCCCUGGAGCUUGAGGAGACAGAGGUGUGCUGUGAUUGAGAGAUUCUCUUUUCCAUCUUGUUCUGUUUCAGCUUUGAAUUGUUCAGGGAGACACACUGGAACAUUUCUGGACUGUCGGCUAAUUGCUGUUUUAGUCUGUUUUAUCCACCAACUGAGAAAUAUUAUCACUUGUAUAGUGAGAUGUGUAGUCAUAUCAGUCGUUCCUCUGUUUCUCUAUAAAACUGGUUCUAGAGCUAUUUCUCUGUGCUGACAUCUUUGACCUUCUCCUUGAAACAUAUCUAGUUUCUGUAAGACUGAACACCUGAAAGUUUGGACCAUCCAGAAAUGUUCCACACGUCGACAGACUGGUUCAGAUGCAGAUUGUGUAAAAUGGGUGUUGCUGUGAUGAAAUUUGCUUGUUAUCAUAUUGAAUGUUUUCAUCACGAUUCAAUAAGUCUUUCAUGACAAUGUUUUGUAGUUUAUUAUUGUACGAUUCCCAACCUAUUUCCAUUAUUGAAACAAGCGCUUAUACAUAUUCGACAAUAUAUUGUAAUUUAAUUUAUUACGAGUAAUAAUCCAUGCAGAUAGUACUGUGUAUUGCUUCCUAAUUUUGUUCUGUUUUAGUAAACUGUACAUAGUCAAUUGACAUUUUCAUGUUAUGUGUAGUUGAGAAAUGGUGGCUGGGCCUGCAGAAGGUCAUUGUGUACAUAGAUAUUGAAGGCUUUUACUCUGGGAAGUGGAAUCAUAGAGGCGAGGUGUUACGCUUGCAUAAUUGAACCACAAAUUACUAUAUGCAUUCUUUGGGGAUGAACGACCAAGAUGAAAUUUCUGAAAUUACAAUAGUUGAAAAUUGUGGUGAGUUUCUAGCGAGUGAAUAGUGGUAGGGCCCGCCACCUUUAGGUUGUGUCAAUGUCUAGUCCACACUGUAACGUGUCCUGCCACUCUAGGUGCACAGUAUACUGCAUUUGACGACUAGUACCACUGUAUUUUAUUGUAUAGCUGGCCUGCCAGCGUCUUCAAUCAUGUGUGCUACAAGCUUAAUCUGUAAGUGUGAUUUGGCUCGUGGCUUAGCUGCAAUAUCCGUGAUGUAUAAAACACUAUGUAUGCUCGUUUCUGCACGAAUAAAACACUUACUCUACUCA